CCCAAGUGCCUGGGUCCCCUCUUCUGGGGAGCCCUGCCAUACCCCCACAGGACCUCAGGCCGGCUGUGCUCUGGCCACACUGGCCCUGUGUGGGGCUUAAGCUCCCACCUCGUCCUCCACAGUGAUGCUGGCCCAGGAGCUCGGCGCCUGCCUGUGCCUUGAAGGGGACCGUCACCUGGCCCGGGCCGAGCCCCCGCUGGCCACCGCCUUCUUCCUGGCUGCCUUCAGCUGCCAUGCCCCGUCGGCUGUGGGUCACGUCCAGGCUCUGCCCGAGGACCAGGGGGCGGCCGUGCUGGGGGUGCUCGAGGCCUGGAGCCGCGGGCUGAGCCCCAUCCCUGCGGUGCACUGGGACGACAUGGCCGUGGUGUCGCUGACAGGAGCCCAGGCCUCCGCCUUCCUUGCCAGCCUGUGCCCGGAGCACCCAGCCGCCGCCCUGCAUGGCCUGGUCAUGCUGCUGGCACGCGGGCAGGUGGCGGACGCCGAAGGGCGCUGCAGUGCCCUGCUGGAUGCCGGCUGCCCACUCCGCCUGGAGUUGCAGCUCACCCGCGCCCUGGCCCGGCUGCUGUCGGGGACCCGUCGGGCGACAGGCCUGGCCGACUACCUGCAGGCCUUCGCGGUCAGUGGCGACCGGGUCUUGGGCUUCAUCCGCACCCACCAGCAGCCCCACCUGCCGCUACUUUUCCAUGCCCUCCAUGAGCACCUCUUAGAACACCCUGAGGCCACAGACAGCACCCACUGCCAGAGGCUGCUGGCCGCCUUGGACGACACAGGCCGCUGGAGCGAAGCCCUGUCCCCUGAAGCCCUGCUCCAUGCAGGCAGGUUCGAAGCCUGCCAAGAGGCUUGUGGCCGUGCCCUGGAGCCCCAGCAGACAGGCGGCGGGCCCCGAGGGGAGCGUCUGGCCGCCCUGCUGGUCACCCGCGCGGCUGCCACUUUCCUCCUGGACCGCGGGGCGCAGGACACCCUCGGGGACCUGCACUGGGCCUUCAGGGAGAGCCCGGCGGGCGCGCGGCGGCAGCUGGAGACGCUGCUGUCGGCGGGGGACCGGGAGCGCCUGCGGGCGCUGGCCGAGGACGCGGCGGCCGCGGGCUUCUCGCGCUUCCAGGAGGCGGUGCGGCGGCGCCCCGAGCUGCGCCGGGACUCGGGCCGGGAGGUGCUGGCGCCCGUGGCCCGCGCGCUGCGCGUCCUGCUGCGCCUGGCCCCGCGCGCCUCGCGGCCGGCCCUGGGCGCCCGGCUGGCCGAGUGCCUGCUGCUGGGCGGGGACCCGGCGGGCGCGCGGGCCUGGUGCGAGCGGCUGCUGCGGCCCGGGAGGGGCGGCGGCCCGGCGGGGGAGCGCGCGGGCCUGCUGGCGCUGCGGGGCUUCUGCGCGCUCCACGCCGGGGACACGGGGCGCGCCCGCGAGGACUUCCAGGCGGUGGUGGCCCAGGGCCUUCCGCACCCCGGCGGCUGCGUGCGCGCCCUGUGCGGCCGCGGGCUGCUGCGCGUGCUGGACGGACGCGCCUUCCUGGGCACGCUGGACUAUGUCACCGCCUGCCGCCUGCUGCCCGACGCCACGCUGCUCGCGGCCAAGGCGCUGGUGCCCUGGAACCAGCGGGGGCUGCUCCUGACGGUGCUGCGGGAGGAGGCCCGGGCCAUGCUGCGGAGAGCGCCGCCCGCGGGGUGCCGGAGCCCAGAUGCCCAGGAAGGGGAUGCCCAGGGCGUGCUCGAGCUGGCCUCGCUGCUGCUAGAGCUGGACGUGGAGGACGAGGGAUCACGGCUGCUGGUGGCCGAUGCAUUGUAUGGCCUGGGCCGCCUAGAGGAGGCCCAUAAGGCCCUUCUGCUGGCCCAGGCUCGCCGGCCCCUGGCAGCACCCGUGCUGGCCCGGUUGGCCCUGCUCCAGCUGAGGAGGGGCUUCAGCUACGACGCCCACCAGCUCGUGAAGAAGCUGGUGCAGUCGGGGCGCACGGCCUGCCUGCGGCCCACCCUGGACGUCUUCCGUCUCGAGGACCGGCAGCUGCUGCAGAGUCACUGCCACGCGCGGGCUCUCGCCACCCUGCGGGCACCGCCUGGCGCGACUCAGGAGCAGACUCGCCUCCGGGAGGCGGUGGCCUACCUGUCCCUGGCCAUCUUCGCCGCUGGCGGGAGCUGCCCGCCGCCCCACGACGCCCAGGCCCCACAAGGGACUCAGGUCAGCGAGAGCCUCCUGGCCCGUGCCCACUGCUACGCACUCCUGGGCCAGAGGAAGACAGCACUGCUGGACUUCAACUCUGCGCUUCGGGCCGAGCCAGGGAGUGUGGCGGCCUUGUGUGGCCGCGGGGUCCUGCACCUGGGGCUAGGCCAGCAGCAGGAGGCGGUGGACGACAUCCUCUGUGCCCUGAAGUUGGACCAGCGGGCCACAGUGCCUGAGCUCCGCUCCUUGAAGCCGGCGGCCCAGGCCCUCCUCACGCAGACCCUCUCCUCCUGCUGCCGUGCCCUCCUGUACCAAGGGCAGGCCCCAGGCACCCCGCUCAGCCCCGAUGACCUCCACGGCCUCCAGGCUGCAGGGGAGGCAUUGAUCGCCCUGGACAGCACACGAUGCAGCGGCCACAUUCUCCUGGUGGACGUGCUCACCGCCUCGGGCAGCUACGAGGAGGCUGGUGCCCACCUGCAGGCGGCCCUGCACCCUUGCCCACCAUCAGAGGCGGCCCGGGCCCGACGCGGUCUGCUCCAACUCAAGAAGGGAGACGUGGAGGCCGCCGCGAGGGACCUGCAGUGCCUGGCGGAGACUGACCCCGGCGACCUGGGCUUCCUGCUGAGGCUCCUGAGCACAGAGGAGAAGCAGAGCCUUGCCCAGGCCGCAGUACAGGAAGCUGGCAGCCUGCUGCAGUCCGGCCAGCCUGGACGAGCACUGAGCCACUGCUCUCUCGCGGUGCUGGCCAGUGGGGCCCAAGCCGGGCACCUGCGUCUCCGAGCCGCCUGCCUGGCAGAGCUGCAAGACUUUGACCGAGCACUUGGGGACCUGGACCUGGUGCUCCAAGAAGGUUCCCGAGCCGGAGACACCUCCACACGGGCUGAAGACUUCUGCAACCAGGGGCGUGUGCUGCUUGGCCUGCGGGACGAGGUGGGGGCCGCGGGGGCUUUCUGCCAGGCCCUGCAGCUGGCGCCCCUGGAGGCCCAGAACAGCCUGGGGGAGCGGCCAGGCAGGGCCACCACCACCCGCCUGCUGCUAAACUGGGGACAGCAGUGCCUGGAGGAGCAGCGUUUGGCAGAGGCCUGGGCAGCGACAGAGGGCGGCCUAGCUGUGGACCCCACGCACCCCAGCCUCAAAGGCCUGAGAGCCAGGGUGCGGAGGGAGGCGACCUCGGGCUGUCGGCUCCACUGACCGCCUCAUCCUGACCGUGCCUCGAGAGCUCACAUGGGGGCCAAUCUCAGACACCCCCUGGCCUUGGGGACCUGCAUAUCAUGGAUGGAGUCACACCACUCGCCCUGGAGGCCCACUAGCCAAGAUGCCCACAGCCUUGGGACCUGCUUUCCUAGCUGGGACUAGCCCCUUGAGCUUGAGGGCUCACAACAGCGAUGUGCCAGGGUGCCCCCUUCGCCCAGAAACAAGGGUCCUGCCUCUGCCCUGGACAGCCCAGCAUCCCCCACAGUGCACUGUAGCAGGAG